AUGAAGACAUCCACUGCCAUUGCCCUGACAGUCGGUACAGUUGUCACAGGCAUUCUUGCAUAUGCUGUCUACUUCGAUCACAAGCGGCGGACCGAUCCAGAAUUUAGGAAAGCAUUAAAGAGAGAUGCAAGGAGACAAGCAAGAAUGGCAAAGGAGGCAAAGGAGGUGGAGGGCAAACAGCAAAAAGAGGCUAUCAAACGAGCUGUUGAAGAGGCGCAAGAAGAAGGGUUUCCUUCGGACAUCGAGGAGAGAGAAGCGUUCUUCAUGAAGGAAGUUGGUGAAGGAGAAGCGCGUAACGGAGAAGGCUCCGACCCAGUUGGCGCAGCCCUGUGCUUUUACAAAGCGUUGAAAGUCUAUCCCGAGCCCAAGACUCUCAUCAAUAUCUACGAAAACACAGUUUCAAAAGACGUUCUCGAGAUACUGGCAGUUAUGUGUACGCAAGACAAGGACUUGAAUAACAAAAUUGGUGGCAGCGCUUCAGGGUCAGAAAGUGGACAUGGUGUGGAAUAG